AUGGGCAUCACAGACCUUAUCGACCACGCAUUGCAUCGCGAGCCUCAACCCAAGUCAUACGAAAAGAAGAGGAAAUACCGAAUUGGCAAAACAUUAGGCACGGGAACUUAUGGUUCGGUUAAAGAGGCAGUAAACGUGUCCACUGGUCAGAAAGUAGCAGUUAAAGUGAUUUUGAAGAAAGAUGCGGCUAGUCAAAACGAAAUGGUGCAGAAAGAAAUGCAAGUCCUGCAAAAUCUGGAUCAUCCCAAUAUCGUAAAGUUUUACGAUUGGUUCGAGUCUCGAGACAAGAUUUCACGUGUUAUAACGACUGAUGAUGAAAUUAUGACAACAAUGUGCGGCUCAUUUGGCUACGUUGCUCCAGAGAUUUUUAAGCGCACAGGAUACAACAAAGCAGUCGAUAUAUGGAGUGUUGGAAUAAUUACAUAUACGCUGCUUUGUGGCUACAUUCCCUUCCGAGCGGAAGAUCGCGCUGCGUUUAUAGAAGAAGUGACUGCUGCUCACGUUGAAUUUCAUGAUCGAUACUGGAGAAAUGUAUCUAACGACGCAAAAGGUUUCAUUCUGACUCUGCUAAAUCCUAACCCAACGGAGCGUCCAACCGCUGAAGAAGCUCUUCAUCACAAGUGGUUGACGGGCGAAAAUGCAGCGGACAUUGAUUUGUUAGACGGCAUAACUGAAAACUUUAAUGCCAGGAAAAAGUUUAAACAGGCAAUCGACGCUGUACAAGCACUCAAUAGAAUCAAGGGAGCAAGCAAGUCCAGCAGCGAAGAAGAGAGCAAUGAAGAUGAAAAUACCAAUGUCAAGGCAGAUGAGAAAUCUGUUCGAUUGCAAGUUUAA